ACAGUACAUAAAAAUAUUGAGAUCAUCACCAUCACACCCUUUGCUAUUAUCUAUUCAUCAUCAUCAUCAUAUCAACAACAUCAUUUCUUCAUUCAUCUUUCCUUCUCUUCUUUUGCUUCUCAUUAUCUUUUUUUCAUCUUCUACUCGCUCAGAUCGGAUCAUUUAUCUUCCUUUCCACGCCACUCAAACACAAAAUCGAACACCCCCCAUUCGAAAAUUUGAAGUAAAAGUAUUCAAAAAUUUCAAACCCAGAUUGAAAAUCCCGUUCUAUCUUACAACGAAUUACAGAAAUCGAAAAAGGGGUUUCUGUAUCUUGGGGAAAUUAAUGAUAUUUAUGAGGUGGGGUUUUGUUGUUAAAUGGGAAAUGUAACCUCAAACAUAGCUGCAAAAUUUGCAUUUUUCCCACCAGAACCACCAUCGUAUGAUGUUUUUAGAGACGAAGAAGAUACACCAAAUGGCGAUAAAAGAUACUGUAUUACAGGUAUAACAGCUGAUAAAAACGUCGACGUUCAUUUGCUUGAUACAAAGGUCGGAAACAAAAUCGUUGCUACCUUCUGGAAACACCCUUUUGGUAAAUUCACCCUUCUCUACUCUCAUGGCAACGCUGCUGAUUUGGGGCAGAUGCAAGAACUAUUUAUCGAACUCAGAGCUCACCUCAGACUCAAUAUCAUGAGUUAUGACUACUCGGGAUAUGGAGCAUCAACGGGGAAGCCGUCUGAACUCAACACAUACUACGACAUAGAGGCAGUGUACAAUUGUUUGAAGGACAAAUAUGGAAUUAAACAAGAAGACAUCAUCUUAUACGGCCAAUCUGUUGGCAGUGGGCCCACGUUACACUUGGCAGCUCGGUUACAAAGAUUGAGAGGCGUGGUUCUACAUAGCGCCAUCCUUUCGGGAAUACGAGUUUUAUAUAAUGUCAAGAUGACAUUUUGGUUCGAUAUAUUCAAGAACAUCGACAAAAUACAAAAAGUUAGCUGUCCGGUUUUAGUUAUACAUGGAACAAAUGAUGACAUUGUUGACUUUUCACAUGGGAAAAGAUUAUGGGAACUUGCAAAAGAAAAAUAUGACCCAUUAUGGGUUCAAGGUGGAGGCCAUUGCAACAUUGAAACAUACCCAGAGUACAUAAGGCAUUUGCGCAAGUUUAUAAGUGCAAUGGAGAAGGUCUCAGUUUCAAAGCCAAGUAAGCAAAGAAGUUCUUCGGGACCAAGUAUGACAGGUGUUAAACACAACAAAUGUUUGAGAUUUGGUAAAAAAUAGAUGUAUUUUUGUGUUGAUGUUUGAGAAAUUAUGCAUAAAUCUUGGCUGUUUGAUCCGUUUUCGGUUGAAUUCGAGUGAGUUUUGUUGUUGUUUCUACUCGGCGUAUUCGAUUGGGGUUCUUGUGUAAUUAGGAUCAUUGAUUUUUUAAGUAGAAGUUAGAAAUUUUAUGUAAUGGAAAAACCCCACGAAUUGUUGUCU